UCCCUCCUGACCGCAUCAACAACCCCUCACCUUUGACGUCGCCGCCUGAGCAAGUUCGAGGUCCAGAAUCUUGCGCUGUAUUUCAAUGCGCUUGGACAGAACAAUUUCUCCAUUGUGACCACUUCAGUCGACAAUCCCACCUCGCAAAGAGCGCCCCUCUCUCCAUAUCGAAAACGCGUCAGAUUCAACAUGGGAAAGUUAAUACGACUAGAACUCUUCAACUUCAAGUCCUAUAAGGGCCAUCACACUCUCCUUUUCGGCGAUUCCUACUUCACAUCGAUUAUCGGUCCCAAUGGCUCGGGAAAAUCGAAUUCAAUGGAUGCCAUUUCUUUCGUGCUUGGUAUCAAAUCAUCCCAUCUUCGCUCCGCGCAUCUUCGAGAUCUUGUCUACCGCGGCCGCGUUCUGAAAACCUCCAAGAUCAAUGAUGAUGGCUCUGCGGCUGCACCUGCCGCAAAUGGCAAUGCGAAUGGUGAUGGCGAGGCAUCGGAUGAGGAGACACAGUCUCAGCGUCCUGGUCGAAACGAUCCGAAGAGCGCGUGGGUGAUGGCUGUCUACGAAGAUGAUGCUGGAGAUGAGCAGAAAUGGAAACGCACAAUUACCAGUCAAGGAUCAAGCGAAUACAGAAUCAACGAGCGUGUAGUUACUGCGCAACAGUACAACGAGUCGUUGGAGACUGAGAAUAUUCUGAUCAAAGCCCGAAACUUCCUUGUCUUCCAGGGAGAUGUUGAGGCAAUCGCGUCGCAGUCACCAAAAGAUCUUACGCGAUUGAUUGAACAGAUAUCCGGAAGCUUGGAAUACAAGGCCGAAUACGAGCGCUUACAGGAGGAGUCGGAACAGGCUGCUGAAAAUCAGAACUACAACCUUCACCGACGCCGUGGCAUCAACUCCGAGAUCAAGCAAUAUCAAGAACAAAAGAAGGAAGCCGAAGCAUUUCAAGCGAAGGCAGACGAACGCGACGACGCAAUUGUCACUCACAUCUUGUGGAAACUUUACCAUUUCCAGCGCGUCAUGGAAGAGUCAACCGCCAGUAUUCAGGAACAUCAAGAGAAUCUGAAGGAGUACCGCCGAGGUGUUGAGAAGUACGAGAAAACCCUCGAUGAAGCCCGCCAAGCUCAGACCAAGGUCAGCAAAGAUGUCGCCAAGGUGGAGAAGAGUAUCAAGAAAAAGGAAAAGGACGUUGAAGCCAAGGAGAAUGACUUGGUCCCGAUUGUUGAGAAGGUCGAUGUCAGCAACAAAGAAAUUGUGAUGAUCCGGCGGAGGAUCGAAAGCGUCAUUAAGGAACGCGAUAGUCAAGUCGCGGCAAUUCAGAAGACGAAGAAGGAUUUAGCGACCGUCGAGAAGGCCGAAAAGCAGUUCGAACUCCAGUGGCAAGAGACUUUGAAAAAACAAGGGAAGCAGCUGAGCGAGGCCGAUUUCAAAGAAUACAACAGUCUCCGAUCUCAGGUUGUUGCCAAAACCGCGAGCAAUCAGUCCAAGUUGGACAACCUAGUCCGACAAAUGAAGACGGAUGAAGUCACCGUCAAUAGUCUUAAGGGAAAAGUCGAGACCCUUCAGGCUGCCGUUGAAAAAUACGAGGCCGAAGUUGCUUCUAUCAACGAGCGGAAAGAAGCUACGAAGCUGUCCGUGAAAGAAAUCUCCAAGAAUAUCGACGCCAAGAAGAGAGAGUUCAACCACAUCCAGUCUGAACGAGUACGAAUUAAUCAACUGCACACGGAAAAGGAAGAAAAGCUCCAAGCUCUGAUGAAGACGAUCGAUGAAGCAAAUUUUGGUCGAAGACAAAAUGCAAAGGAGCAGCGGACCAAAGACACAAUUGUUGCGCUCAAGCGCCUAUAUCCUGGAGUCCGUGGUCGUGUCGGUGAUCUUUGCAAACCAAAGCAGAAGAAAUUUGAGGAGGCCGUCAGUACUGCUCUGGGUCGAGACUUUGACUCCGUGGUUGUCGACACAGAAAAGAUCGGGACAGAAUGCGUGCAAUAUCUCAAGGACCAGCGAGCAAGCCCUAUGACCUUCAUUCCCCUCGACAACAUCAAAGUUUCCGCUCCAGACGCCAAUUUGAAAGGCCUGUCUAAGGCUCGCCUGACAAUAGAUACCAUUGACUUUGAUUCCUCCUUGGAACGAGCCAUGGCCUAUGCCUGUGGAAGUUCUAUUGUUUGUGACGAUCUGGCAACCGCCAAGGAUAUAGUUUAUAGGAAGCACAUGCAGGUCAAAGCCGUGACUUUGGAAGGAUUCGUUAUUUACAAGGACGGACCAAUGACGGGUGGUCGUCUUCCUGAGAACAAAGGCAGCAAGCGAAAAUUUGGAGAUGAUGAGAUUGAAAAGCUGAGAGCCCAGGCUGAGAGGUUCCGAGAGGAGAUUGAGGCACUUCCUAAAGUCAAUCGGAGAGGCACAGCAGAGGAGGCACUUCAGAGUGACCUGGGCGCUCUCGAACAGCGUCUAGCUUAUGCCAAAAGUGAGCUGGCUGCGUUUGAGCAGAAUCUCACAAGCAAGAAAAAGGAGCUGGCAAAUCAACAGCGCCAACUGCAGGAGAUGACACCCAAGUACAGAGAAAAACAAGGUGAACUCGAGAGCAUCACAGAUACCGUCAACGAGUUCAAAGAAGCUGUCGCCAAAGUUCAAGACCAGAUCUUUGCUGGAUUCUGCAAGCGGCUAGGCUACUCAGAUAUUCGUGCAUACGAAGCGCAGCAGGGUAGUCUAGAGCAUGAAGCCGCCGAGGAGAAGAACAAAUUUGUCGUACAGAAGCAAAGAUUAGCUCGCCAAGUCGAAUGGGAGUCUAAUGAGCAAAAGGGAACGGAUCAGCGAGUCAGGAGAUUGGAGGAUUCUGUCGAGGCUGUUGAGCGACACAUUGAAGAGCUUGGUGAAAAGAAGCAAACCCUUGAGAAUGCUAUCGAUGUGGACCGAGCGCAAAUUACUGAACUCGAAGACGAGGUACACAAGUUGAAGGAGAAGCUUGCGGCGAAGAGUGAGAAGGUUAACCAGGCACGCAGCGAACUGCAAAAGCGAAGCAAGGAGAUCGACAGCCGGACCAAGGCUAUCGCAUCCUUGGAGACCGAAGUACAGCGCAACGCUUCUGGCAGAUACGCCUUGCUUCGACGUUGUAAGCUGGAACAGAUCGCAAUUCCUUUGACGGAGGAGUCGAGGAAGCUCGACUCGCUCCCUGUUGAUGACAAUGUCCUUCAAACCGACCCUGAUGCGAUGGACGUAGACGACGAAGAUGAUGAGGCAGCGGGGGAAGUAGUCAAGGAUUAUGGCAUUGAAAUCAGCUUCGAGGAUCUUGAAGAGGAUCUGAAAAAGCCUGAUGAAGAAGAGGUCGAGGAACAACUGUUGCAACGAAUAGCCGACCUAACUUCGGAACUUGAAAAACUCAAUCCCAAUAUGAGAGCUAUUGACCGCCUGGACGGUGUUGAGGCUCGUCUCAAAUCCACUGAAAAGGAUUUUGAGGAUGCCCGGAAAGCAGCUAAGAAGUCAAGAGAAGCCUUUCAAGAAGUCAAAGAGAAGCGCUUCGAUCUUUUCAACAAAGCGUUUACACACAUCUCCGAACAGAUCACUCAUGUUUACAAGGACCUGACACGAUCUUCGGCUUUCCCUCUCGGAGGUCAAGCAUAUCUUGAUAUUGAAGAUAGCGACGCGCCCUACCUGUCAGGAAUCAAGUACCAUGCCAUGCCUCCUUUGAAGCGAUUCCGCGAUAUGGAGCACCUUUCGGGUGGAGAAAAGACGAUGGCCGCCCUUGCACUUCUAUUCGCGGUUCACUCGUAUCAGCCAAGUCCUUUCUUCGUACUUGAUGAGGUCGAUGCUGCGCUUGACAAUGCCAAUGUCGAGAAGAUCAAGAAUUAUAUUCGGGAGCAUGCUGGUCCUGGAAUGCAAUUCAUAGUUAUCAGUCUGAAAACUGGUCUUUUCCAGGGUAGUGAGAGCUUGGUUGGUGUAUUCAGGGACCAGGAGGCCAAUAGCUCCAAAACUUUGACCCUCGACCUGCGUAAAUACGUCUGAUUUUUACUUUGCAUUUGGUUUCGGUUCAUGGUUGAGGAGUGGGAAACUUGACAGUCUCGCUGGCGGUGGCAAGUCGUCGGCAUCAAGCAUGAUUACGAGGAAGCAGGGAUCUCGAAUGAGGUGGGGGGUGGUAUAUAUGUUGGAUAGGAGUCUUGCACCGGCAAAGACGGCGGGAAAGUAUCAAGCUUGAUACGAGAGCUUUGAGUGGUAGGCGUGUGAAGUCCAAGGUCACCAGGCGCUUAAAAGCAGGCCAGCAGCUUCCGGCAAAUUCUGACUGAGGAGCUCAUGCAAGGUCUCAGAAGCGCAGUUUUGGGGUUGAAAUCUCUUCCCAUUCUAGAUCUCAAUGAUAUUUUCCAUAUUGAGACCUCUUGCUUGAAGGCUUUACUGGUACUUGCCUCCACAUCCAGUGAAUGGGCUACCUGGGCACGGUCACAAUUAAUCAAUAUAUAACAACACAUGCAGCAUUCGAGAUAAAGUGGUUC